UGAAGGCUGACACUACAUUUGCACAGUCCAUCAGCUGUCGUCAGGCAGGCCAGUCUGCUAGUGAAUAUCAUGGGCCUUUCUCUACCGUGGUCCUUGCUCCUCCUUGGUCUUCUUACUGUUGAAUCCAGGAAUAGGAUUCAGAAAAAGAAGCUCUACACACACCCCACUGCCCCUAACCAUGCGGCUAAACCAUCAGCCUUACUUUACUUUAUUGCUCACAUAUUAAUUCCCUUUCUACCGUCUCCUUUCCUGGGGGAGCUCAGGAACUAUUGGGAAAGACCAACAACACAGCCAUCUGUAUGAGGCAGAAUGAAGUAAAUGCCUAAAACCAAACAAGCCAACCAAAGCCCAGGCUGAAGGAAACCAAAGGGAGACCGGAAGUGUGUAGCUCAGCUAAGUCUCCGGACAGGCAGCAGCACUUGAACUAGGCUUUGAAAGUUACUGUGCUCCAGGGUGAAGGGUGAGCACAGCUGCUUAGUCCAGGUGGAAUCCCUCCAGGCUAGACUUCAGGUCCUGGGCCAGCCUGGGACGUGGAAGGUUCAUCUGGUGCUAGCAGCCUCUGUCUUGCCCCCUUCCAGCCGGCUUGCAUGAUCCUCCAGGUGGAGCCAGAAUAGCCCCAUGGCAGAAAUGAGCACCAGGGCAUUCGGUGGAUUGUGAGAUGGGCACACAGGACACUGCACCUCCCCCAGUGUGGGGUGCCCACUCCCACAAGACGGCCACCACUCCCCUGCCCCAUCACUAUAGCUACUGUCAAAGGAGUUCUCAGUUCCACUUUUGGCAGAGAACCUCACCACCUGGCCUAGGAAUUGGCAAUGUAGCCAGUGCUCUGGAUUUCGGUUUGAUUCAGGAUCCGGGUCAGGCAGCCUUUUCUCUUUAAACAGCUGUGCAGACUUGAGUCGGUUUCAGACUUUCUGCCUCCUGGGAUUGUGUGUUAGUGUUACAAAAAUUGUCUAACAGAAAUGGGUCACACUACUUAGGAGUGUUUCUCCCACACCCCAACAUUUUCUCUAUGAGAGCACUAACUUGUUUUGGUGAGGAUACAGAUGAGAUGGAAUAAGUCACCAACUUAUUCCAGUGACAUUAAGUGCCAACAGUGAGGCCUUUACUUGCAUUAUCUCAUUUAACACUCACAAAGUCCCAGGUGAGAAAACCAGGGCUCACAGAGGUUAAGCAACCUGCCUAAGAUCACACAGCUAAUGCCUGCAAGGGCUUGAACUCAGGCAGUCUGUCUAGUGCCCUGGUGCUUACGCUCUUCUCUCAAGUACAUUAUAGGCUGAUAUCCAAAUGACUGUCCCACUGACCACACUUAACCUGGCUUGGCCAGCACAGCACAAACCCUCCCCCUGCUCUAGAAAGAUCUAUUCCCAGAUUUCUGGCUGGGCCUCAGAGGAGCUGGUUUCUGUUUCAGAAGUGGCCAAACAAGCAAUUAUGGGGGAUGCUGCAAAGCAGUUUGUGCUGUGGGCAAGGCUGGACUAACUGAGUUUGGGCCCUGUUCCCUGAAUUGGCAAGAAAGAGACAGAGUAAAAGUAGAGCUCAUCCCUUUGGGACCCUCCCAAGAAUUUUCUUUGCUCUCCAUGUCACUUCGUACCUGCAACCCUUAGGACAGCCUUCAUCGAUCAUUUCCUUAUUUGUUAAUUAAUUAAUGUAAAGGCUGAAGAAGACCACUCUGGCAUGGAGGAAUGGGGAACAUGACCUGUGUUUCAGGUCUAUCGUGAACUAGCUGUGUGGUCUUGAGCAAGGCAACUAAAUUCUGUGGUCUCUGUUUUCUCCCCUGCAAAAUAGGAAUAAUAAUCACUGCCCUGACUCUCUCUCAGGCCUGUUGUGAGCCUCCAACGUAAUAAGCUGCUUCUGAAGCUUCUGUUCUGUGUCUGCAGGACCAGGGGCUUCCGGAGAGGACUCAGCCCCCGUGGUGGUAACUGGGACCCUAGGGGGGUCUGUCAUUCUGCCCCUGCAGCUGCAGGAUGAACAGCAGGUGGAGAGCAUCCUCUGGAUGUGUCGUUCGGUCCCCAGGGCUAUAGCCACGAUAACCCUGGUAGAAGCUGGAGGGCCAGAUGCCUUUUCCCAAGCGGAAACGCCAUACUGGGGUCGUUUGAGUGUGGUGGGGCCAGGCCGCUCCCUGCAGAUCAGCGGCCUGACCUGGGAGGACGCAGGGCCCUACCGAGCCCACGUUAAUCUGCGGAAUUCCCGCAUCACCCACACCUGGGAGUACAGUCUGCACAUCUACGAGCAGCUGGCCCAUCCCCGGGUCACACUGAGUUCCAGGAUCAGUGGGAAUGGACACUGUCUCGUCACCCUGACAUGUGUGGCAGAAAGCAGAGGAGGCACUGUGACCUACAGCUGGACACCCCUGGGGCCCCGGACUGUUGUGUCCCAUGGAGGAUCUGUCCUCAGUGUCUCCUUGAGGCCUGGGGAUGGUGCUUUGAACUUUACCUGCGUGGUCAAGAACCCCGUCAGUAACAGCACUUCCCUCCCCGUCUCGGUGCCGCCCUCGUGCACAGGGCCAGGAGUCCUGGGAGGGGACAUGGUAGGGGAGAUAGUGAUCGGCAUGCUUGGGAGGUCAGCCAUUCUGCCCCUGGAGGUCCCAGCAGGGCAGGAGGUGGAAAAGGUUACCUGGAUAUCUCGAAGACUUGUUGCAAUUUUGCAGCCAGGACCAGCAGGCAAACCAAUCCUGGCUGCUGGGACUCAGGGACCCUACAGCAGGCGACUGAGUGUCCCCUACCAUGACUACUCUCUUCAGAUUAGCCCCCUGGGGCCGCAGGACUCUGGCCCCUACAGAGCCUGGAUGACUCUGCAUACUCCCCCGAUCAACAUCACCAAGGACUUCACCCUGCGCAUCUAUGAGAGGCUGCAGGAGCCCACUAUCACGGUCAGCUCUCAGAUCAUGAAGGAUGGGACCUGCUUCAUCACCCUGGCCUGCUCGCUGGACCAGGCUGGAGAGGAUGUUCAGUACAGCUGGGACCCUCGCGGCCAGGGAGCAGUUGUGUCACAUGGGGGGACCACCCUCAGUGUCUCCAGGAGGUCUGGGGUCAGUGACAGCUAUCGCUGUACUGCCAAGAACCCCGUCAGCCAGAGCUCCAGCUCCAUCCCUACCAGCUCCCUCUGCUCAGCCUCCUUCCUACCCUGCUCCUUGAGGAAAGAAUUUCUUCUCUUUUUGAUCCUGGGAGCUUGGCAUAUUGAAUAGAUUUGACCUUGACAUGUGGAGAAGCCAAGAAGAGGAAUGUGAGAAGGAGGUCACCCUGUGAGACACAGAGAUAAGGAAGUCUACACAGAGAUAAAGGAGUGUGACCUGAUACCAGCAUCUCCUGGUGUGAGUGAGAGAGGGACAUUGUACUGAUUAAGGCAUAAAACUGAUUUCAUCUGCAAAUUGAGUUCAAAACAACCUAGAAACUGCUACGUAUCUUCUGUUUAAAAUAAUCUGUGCUUUAUUUGUGUUUUAAAAUGUUCACAAAAAAGAGGGCUUAUUCAUUUAAGAAAAAUUGAAGUCUGAAACAUAAUUAAUAUAUUAUAAUAAAACAUAAUUAAUAAAAUUAUUAAAUAUUGUGCAUAUAUGUUACUUUUUGCUAACAUUCGAGUGAAUAGGCACCGAGGGCCCAGUGUCAACUCAAAUUUCAUCUCCUGGGAGCAACCUUUUGACCACCUUAUUUAAGUAGAUCUUCCCUGUUAUUCAUAGUCAUUGUACCCUGUUCGAUUUUUGUCAAAUUAUCACUAUUUGUAAAUAUAUAUUUAUUUGUUAAUUUACUUGUUUGUUGUCUGCUUCCCCCCCACAAGACAUUCAGCCUAUGAGGAUAAGAACUGUAUCUGUUUUGUUCACAAGUGUAAACCAAAAGGGUAAUAGAAUCCCUAGCUUACAGUAGAUAUUUCAAUCAUUUUUUAAAUGAAUAAAUUACUAAAUAGAUGAGAGUUGAGAAUAUUUUCCUUAAGAUUUGAAGACUAUCAGGAAAUUUCA